AUGAAGCAGCUUAAUACCUUUUCACUUUUCCUGCUAAUCGGAUUUGCCGUUACCGCACCAGCACCUGACAAAAGUAAGGAGAGUAAAGAAAGCGUAGAAAGUAAGGAAAGCAAGGAGAGUGGCGAAAAUGACCAAAUCACUGUAACCAAACAUUUUUUCCCGGAUUCUUAUAUAGUAUAUAGAGGUAAACAUGAAAUUGUAAAUAUUAUUGUUCCCCUAAAUUCACUGAACUUUGAUGAUGAUGCCGAAGACAAUGACACAAAUGAUGAUAGUGAAACUACUAUAUUCUUUGUCGAAGCUGAUGAAGAUGCAGCUGGCAAUAAAAUUGACAAAGGCCUCUAUGUCCUUAAAGACGGUAAAGCUAAAAAAAUAUUGGAUAACGGACGAGACGCCGCUGCUUCUUCUGAUGACAGCAAGGACGUGUUUUUCGGUGCAAAGGACGGAAUUUACAAAUACGACCCAAAGGAAACCAAAGCUGUAAAAUACGGUACACUAACAGACAGCAUUAUUGGAAUCGCUAAAGAAAAUGCCACAGAUGUUAUUUACAUUUUAACUGAGGAUCAUGAUCUGUACAAAGUCACUGAAGAAGGGCAGAAGAAAGUUAAAAUUGAUGACGUUGUAGGUGCUCGGGAAAUCGUUUUGGAUAACUCUAAUAAUUUAUAUUUCUACGGUGUAAAUAAGAAACCGUAUGUUGUAAAUGCUGACGGUGUGAAGAAAAUAGAAGGUUUACCUGAGAACCCGACUUCCGUCAGACUUAUUAAGCCCCCUUUUUUACUGGAAAAUGGCGUGCCUUUCACGUCUAAUAAUGUUGCAUAUCUUAUUUAUCCAAAUGGAACAAGCGAAAGGACUGAUUUCGAUUUUAAAUCUAAUGCUAAACCAUCGGCUUACGGCAUGGAGGCGGCGCUAAUUCAAUACUACGGUUAUCACGCCAAACUUUCCACGGCUGGACGCGCUACUGGACAAAGUAGUGCUAUCCCAGCCUGGAGAAUAAGAAUUGAAGAACGUAUCGCAAAGGUUAGGGCCCUCAUCGGCAGACUGAUAUGCUACAGGUCAGGCAAUACCAGGCCAAGGAUUGUGCGCACAGUCAGAAUGGAGUUUGCUAGGACAAAUGUUAGUUUGUCCCACCUUGAAUUAAUGCAAAAAGUGACGGAGCUCAUAGACGACCUGAAGCAGAGAAUCGCUGCUUGGGGAAAGCGGAUUCGGCGAUAUACCGAGAGGUUGACACGGUUCAACCAGAAUUGUCUCUUCCAGAGUGAUCAGAAGAGGCUCUAUAAAUUAUUGGAGCGACCAAUGGUAAGUGGAACGGGCCCAGCACCAAAUCAGGCCGACAUGGUCGCAUUCUGGUGCGGCCUGUGGUCAGAGCCCGUAAACCACAGCGAGGGCUCUUGGACGGAAGUUGUGGCGAGUCAGUUUGCGGGUAUUAUACCCAUGGACCCCGUUAUCAUAACUCCGACGACGUAG